ACCGAAAGGGGCUAAAACCUUGUAAUAGAAAAGCCGGCGAGGAGAGAGAGAGAGAGAGAGAGAGAGAGAGAGAGAGAGAGAGAGAGAGAGCUAAGAAGUUAUCCGAUUCAAUUCGUCGGAGAACAUGGCGGCUGCAGCUUGUGGGCAGCUGAAUCUGGAGGAGCCUACUCCGAUUCGAGGAUCCCGCAGCGUCGAUUGCUUCGAGAAGCUCGAGCAGAUCGGCGAAGGCACCUACGGACAAGUGUACAUGGCGAAAGAUAUCAAAACCGGUGAAAUCGUUGCAUUGAAGAAGAUCCGUAUGGACAAUGAACGAGAAGGGUUUCCUAUAACAGCUAUCCGGGAGAUUAAAAUCCUGAAGAAGCUUCAUCAUGAAAACGUCAUCCACUUGAAAGAGAUUGUCACUUCUCCAGGUCGAGAUAGGGAUGAUCAAGGAAAGCCAGAUAAUAACAAAUACAAGGGUGGAAUCUACAUGGUCUUUGAGUACAUGGACCAUGACUUGACCGGACUCGCUGAUCGUCCUGGACUUAGAUUCACUGUUCCUCAGAUCAAGUGUUACAUGAAGCAACUUCUCACUGGCCUUCACUAUUGUCAUGUGAACCAAGUGCUUCACCGUGAUAUUAAAGGAUCUAAUCUACUUAUUGAUAAUGAGGGAAAUUUAAAGCUUGCUGAUUUUGGGCUUGCACGGUCUUAUUCCCAUGAUCAUAGUGGGAAUCUCACUAACCGUGUCAUCACAUUGUGGUAUAGGCCUCCUGAGUUGCUUCUUGGUGCCACAAAGUAUGGACCAGCGAUUGACAUGUGGUCUGUUGGUUGCAUAUUUGCUGAACUUUUGAAUGGCAAACCAAUCUUGCCUGGCAAAACUGAGAGUGAACAAUUGAAUAAGAUAUAUGAGCUCUGUGGAUCACCUGAUGAAAACAACUGGCCUGGGGUUACGAAGAUGCCUUGGUAUAACCAAAUGAAAUCGUCUCGGCCUUUGAAGAGACGUGUGAGAGAGGUCUACCGACAUUUUGAUCGCCAUGCUCUUGAGCUGCUGGAGAAAAUGCUGGUCCUUGACCCGUCUCAGAGAAUAUCUGCAAAGGAUGCUCUUGACGCAGAGUACUUUUGGACUGACCCGUUACCGUGUGAUCCAAAGAGUCUACCAACGUAUGAAUCAUCACACGAGUUCCAGACAAAGAAAAAGCGGCAACAAAUGCGUCAUAACGAGGAAGCAGCCAAGAAGCAGAAACUGCAGCAUCCUCAGCAGCAGCAACACUCUCGUUUGCCUCCGCAGCAACACGGCGUUGGUCAGUCUCACGCCGCUCCACAUUGGCCUGGUGGACCAAACCACCCUAUUAACAACGGACCACCACCACAACUACCUGCUGGCGGACCUAGCGGCCACAAUUACUAUCAAAAGGCCCGUGGCGGUGGUGCGCCCGGUCCAAACCGGUACCCUCCUGGGGGAAACCAAACCGGUGGUUAUAGUAAUAAUCAGAGCCGUGGAGGUUAUGGUAGCGGAUCGUAUCCUCCACAAGGUCGAGGUGGUGCACCAUAUGGUGGCGCUGGUCCUAGAGGACCUAGCGGUGGCUAUGGUGCUGGACCACCUAACUACUCACAAGGUGGUGGUGGUGGUCAGUACGGUGGCUCUGGAAGAGGUCAGAACCCAAUGGGUGGUGCUAGAAACCAACAAUAUGGAUGGCAACAGUAAACACUCUCAUGUGGUGUGGUCUGGUCUUGACUUGUCUCAAAGGCAAUUGUGAUUCUAGUAGUGAAGACUUAUCUUGGAGGAAACAAGAAUCUGUGAUGUUGUAUUUCCAUGUCUUUAUGGCAUUUUCCCAAACAUUGUAGUGAAUAUGUAUGUUUAGAUAUUGUUUACACGACCAAGCUUUUAUAAA